AGUUAAAAUUUAACCCUUCAACACGAAUAUUUGUAUCUACCCUAGAGUUCAGAUACACACUGACUUUUAAAUACAAAAAAAUAUGUAAAAUAUUUUGUUGUAUAUAAUAUUCGACAAUGUAAAACGUUUAUUUCUAUUUUAUUUAUAUAAUUUUCGCUAGAAAUUUCUUGAAUUUUUUACUUUCAAGAGAAAGGUACAUAACGAAAAAAAUGGGUGGCUGCCUAGUUACACUCAUCUACCUAGACUCCAUCUACACAUAUAUAUUUUAGUGUCAUAUAUAUGUAAAAAAAAGUAAGCUUGCGCCGAGGAGAGAACAACUGCUAUGAUGAUGUUUUUAGUAUGGGUUGCACCCUCGCGUUCUUUUGCGUCGACGUUUGCGUCGAUACAUAUAUGCAUGUGUAUUCUAUCUUUGUUACUCUUUAACUAUGUGAAAAUCCAUGUCUACAUUGGUGUAUUGUAGUGGUAGUAAUGGUGGGUUAUAGUAGUGGUGGGUUAUAGGCAACUGAGGGUGGUUCGUCCACAAGUCGUGCGUUCACCCCGCGCCACGACGUUAAGGCGCCGUAACGCUGCCCCUGCUAAAACGAAUCACCAACAGAAGAUGUGAAAGUUAAACGUGAAAGUUUAUUGAUGACAUUGUCGGAAUUGAAGAUAAAAAGAAUUAAGGAAUUGAUAUAUUGAAAGUUUAUUUAAAUAUAAUUAAAUCUAUAAUAAAAACAUCAAAUUUGAGUAUACGCCUGUAUUGAUUACGAAAAGAAGAAAAAAGGUGCUUUUUUAUAAUUUGAAGAUAUAAAUUUUAUGAAUUACAACAGCUGCCAGAAGAGAGUUGGAUAUAUUUAGUGACACCUUUUGAAAAAUAAAUAACAUAUAACAUCAAAGUGUUAAAAUUGGUUUUUUUUUUUUACCAUUUUUACUGUUUUACAAGUGACAAAAAAAUUAUGCAAAUGUUCCUUUGGGAAAUCAACAUUUUUAUGUAAGAAAAAAAAAUAAAACACGUGAAAUUGUUGCAAUAUUAUUAAGCAAAUUGUCAAACGAUGAAAAAUAUCAAAUGACAAAAAAAAGAAAAAAUUGUAAAGUGAAAAUUUAGUGUUUUUUAAUUAUUAUUUUCAUUGAGAUUAUUUUUAUUUUUUUUUCAAGGAUAUAUAUAUGAAAUUAAAAGAUAUAACUUCAAGCUUUUGGAUGUAGCCUCGAUUUUAAUUGAAAGCAUUCUGAUCGAGACCGACUGAGGGUUGUCAUUGCGUUGUGAAUACUUGAUACAAAUCACUGCACAUAAAUAUAUUUUGAUGGUAAAAUUGAACAAAACUAGAUCUAUUCAGCAACCUCCCAGUAUAAUAAAUCAAUGUGGAAUAACAUUGAUAUAAAAAAUAUAUAAUAGAAAAGCGAGGGAAUUUUAUUGCCACCCUACUAAUUUUCUAGAAAAAUUUUUAUACAAAAAAAUAUCUCAUUAAGCAAGUUUGAAUUUUGAAUACAUUCAUAUGAACUGCAAAUGUUAGAAUUGAAAAUAUCCAAUUUAUUAUAUUGACAGAAAAAAAAAAAGUAUAUAGUAUAAAAUUGUAGCUGUACUAUCAAUUGAUUAAAAUAAUAAUAUAAGAGUAUAUAAUAUUGCCUGUUUAAUUAUAGUCAAUUCAAACAAAAAUAUAAAAUAUUAAAAAAGAUAAAAAAAACUUUUAUUUCUGCAGUCAUAAACCAAUAUCGACGCGCAAUAAAUUGGCACUAUACUCUUAAAGUAUGAGACAUUCAAUUUACUUCAUGAAUGUGAAAGGUAUUUUCUAUAAAUCUCAUCCUGCCAGUAAAUUCGUUGGAAGAAGAAUAAGUGACGUUAUGUGUCAAUAAAAGUAACUUGAAAAAUAAAUUGUAAACAAAUAUAUACAUAACAAAAAAUUCGAUAAAAGUAAUUUUACUGUCUCCAACAAGUUUGAAGUAUAAGAAGAACAAAAGUAAAAAAAAAAAAAUAUUGUUUAUGUAGUCAAAAUCAAUUUAAAUUGACAGACGGAUAAGCCUCCACAGUGUGCGGAUUGGGACGAAUACUCGGCUACAUCGGCGGAAGACCGUCGGUGGGGGCCACAAUGUCACAGUCAGGUUCAGGAGAAAGAAAUGGCACUCAAGGUGAAAAUACUGAUCAGCCAGUGGACGUGAGCCAAAAACCAGAUGUAUCAAAACAAACAUGCCAAAAUGGACGAACUGAAAAUGUCGAUACAUCAACUGAUUCGACAAAUGGUUUUGAAAAUUUAACAGUAGAUUAUGAACGCUUAUCAGUAGAAAGAAAUCAAACAAACACUCAACAGUUAUCGACAAAUCGUUCUCAGCAACAGCAACAACAACAACAACAACAACAACAACAAUCAUAUGCUCAGUGUCAAGAUCCAGAUUAUUCGGUUUCUCAAACAGGCUUAUAUUCAACAGUCACUCGAAGACAGUCAAUGAUUGGGCAACCUGAGGAUAGACAGUCACUUACUAAUCAAGUACCAGUGCCCCAAUAUUCACAUGACAAUACACCAAUUGAACGUGCUUCUUAUAUGCCACAAACAGUAACACAAAUUCACCCAGUACAGUUGCAGCCUCAUUUUCAAACAGAAUACGUGUCUGAUCCAAGUCAAUAUCCACUGACUCGUAGUCCAUAUGAAGUCAGGGCACAUAUGUACACACAACAGUCAGCUGGACAGUAUGGGGAUAGACCUGGCUAUGUCACGAGAGACGUUACAUACAGAGAUUCAUCUUUAUAUGCACAUGCACAAAGUGUUAGCAAUCCUGUAUUUACCGGAGGAAGUAGUGGAUAUGUCACAGUUCGACAUACUUCUCAAGUACCAGCUCAAUCAACUAGUCCAUCACCUCCAACAUUUCAUUCUGGAAUGGUUUUACCACCUCAACAAUCGGCAACACAAGGUUACGUGCAGUUUACUGCUCCACCACAAUAUUCAUAUAGUCAAAUUCCUCAAACUGUGAUGAAUCCCAUGCCAUAUAAUUCAAUUACGGUUUAUCCAAACCAGCAAUUUACUCAGCAGGUACCACCACAGCAACCGUUAGCAAAUACACAGAGAUAUUCUCAAGAUAUAACUCAGUAUCAGGCUCAACCAAUAAUUCAACCAAUUGCACAAAACGUAGCUGCUUCUGCAGAAAGAAAUUCUGGAGCUAGAGGACCUAAACCAAUGGUACCACCGCGUGGUAACUCAAAAAUUACUCAUGAUUCAGCUCAUAGAAAAUCAGCUAGUAUUGAUGCAUCUAGUAUGCAGCAGCCAGUUGUUCCAAAUGUUAAAUAUGAGUCAACUGGAACGCAAGAAGGGAAUGUCGUUUCAACAAAUUUACCAGGCACAAAUAAUAAAGAAAAUCAAACUUUCCUAAAUCCUCUUAAUCAAACUCCACGAACUCGUCAAGAUGGUCUUUAUGUGGAAUCUAAGGACGAAAAUAUUUCAAAGGAAAAAACAACUGAAAAUAUAGCUUCAGAUUGCAAUUUGUAUGCCACACGCCUAGAUCAUCGAAAAUCUAUAUCUGUUGACGUGACUAAUAACGUUCAAAGACGAAAUGACACUAUUACUUUUACAUUUCCAGGAGAAACAUUAGACGUAACAAUGACUGCAAGAAAACCACCGACAUCUGGUGAAAAAAAAUGGCCAGAAAAUAAUAAUGAUCAAAGAAGAGUUGAACCAGUUCUUCGAGUAGCUACUGUACCAUUUGAUGGUCGACAAGACAACCGAAAAAGUAUAGUCAUUCAAGAGCGUAAGCCAGAAUGGGGAAAUAUUAGUCCUAAUCAACGUACAAUUAUACCUCCAGAUAACCGACGAUCUGAAUAUUUUGAAGAACAUAGACGGUCACCAAUGCCUAUUGAUCAAAAACGUAUGGAAGAAGUUCGUCGAUCACCAAUGCCUUUCAUGACAAUUCGUGAUCCUUCGACUGAACGAGCUGCCCAAAAAAGCCCAUCAUUUCCUAAUCAACAUUUUGAUAAAACAAGACAAGAACUGGCUAUGUGGGCAGAACAUAGGCAACGCCAAGAUAUUGAAAAAGCAAUGCAACAAGGUCCAGUUUUUACAACCAGUCCAAGAUCAAGAAAUUCGUCUGAAGAUCGUCAAGGAGCUAGGACAAACGUGAUGACUGAAGAGCUUCGUAAUAAAGAUCAUAGAUUGCCUCAAGUUGCAUUUCAACCAAUUCCUAAUAUAACGCAAAACUCGAUAAUGGAACAACGUCGUCAUUUGCGUCAUGUCAGUGCUGACCUUACCAAACAAAUGGAACUUUCACGUAAAGAUUUUGAUGAUCAACCAAUUACCGGAUCUGUCACUAAUCUUGUUCCGACAGUAAGUACUGUACAGUCUCACCGAGCAAGCCCUAAUAUAUGUAAUCAAUAUCCAGCGUUUAAUGAGGCUAAGCUUGAUGGUAAAAUGAUGUUGACCGUGGUAACUGAUUUCGGAGAUAACAUGGUCAAAGUAAAUGAACAAAAUGAUCAUAUUAUACAUAGUCAUAAAAAAAGUCAUAAUAUAUCAUCUAGUCUUCUCACACAUAGCAAAAGUCAAAAUGAGAAUCUUCAAGCCACUCAACCAAUUGAACAACAAUCAACCGAAAAUAUAAAUAAAAAUGAAUCACAACAAUUACAACAGCAACAACAACACUUUCAGAAUCAACAAAAUUUAGAUAUAUUGUCUGAAAAGUUAAGUCAAUUUGAACGACAACAGAGUGACCUACAAGCAAGACUUCAAUGUUUACAAAAUCAAAAUCAAAUUCUAGAUCAAGUUGCACAAUUUCAGCAUCAACAAAGUGAUUUACAAACACGUCUUCAGUGCUUGCAAGAACGCCAAGCAACAGAAAAAACCCUCAGACAAGCUACAGAGUAUCAACAAAAAAAUUUAAUAAAUACUUUGCCCGAUCACUUUCUAGAGUCAGUUGACGAUAAAUCAAUUGAUCAUCAAAAGAGUUCAACUAAUGCAUAUUUAUCACCCAUUGGCUAUCAAGGCCUUUUAUGUCAGUCAUUAACAUCGGAUAAUUUGUCACCUCGAAUCCACUAUGAAACAACAGAAAUUUCACAAAUUUCGUUGCCAAGCAACUCACAGUUCGAAAGAAGUGACGGACAACGUGGUUCGUUGCAGUAUCGAUUGGCAUGCCAGGCAGCUGCUGUAGUAGCAGCAGCCACUGAUAUGCCAGAGAAUAAUGCUGUUUCAUCUUCUGGAGCAACAACUACGCUUCCCAGUAAUACUUGUUUAACGACAACCAUGAGUGGAAUUACAUUUUCAGGUACUCUAAAAAAAGUCCCACCAGAGAAACCACCGAGAACUUCACUUAUUGUGCAGUCACCCGAAGCAGAGAGUAAUCGAAGCCAACCUGCCAUCGGGAUGAAACAAACACCUAAGACACGGCCAACAAUAUUUGGCACAGUGGCUUCUGAUCUCAAUCCAAAGGAUGGCAACAGUCGAAGGGUGAGUUAUAGUUUACCACAAACUCCGGCAGGUGGCCUAGGUGGAAAGGGUGGUUUUAGUCUUGCUGGUUGUGGUGCUGGUGCUGCUGGUAUGGUGAAUGGAGCUGGUUCCGACCAUCAAGAUAUUCGUGAUAAUACUGCAAUAAAUACAGAACACGCUCUUGUAUAUCGUGAUGGUAAUCUUGUAUCUGGAUCAUUGGAUGCUCUUGUUCAACAUAUGGUACCAACUGAAGACUAUUAUCCUGAUAGAGCAUAUCUUUUUGCAUUUUUGCUGAGUGCUAGACUUUUCAUCAAGCCUCAUGAGCUACUUGGUGAAGUUUGUGCACUAUGCGAACAUCAGCAAAACCUCAAUGGUGAAGGUGGCAAGUUUAAUAAUUAUUUACAGGAACGCUUGCAGCGUUUUGUACCAAGACUUGUACAACUAUUAGCUGAAUGGACUGAAACUUUUCCAUAUGAUUUUCGUGAUGAACGUGUAAUGGCACAUGUCAGAUCAAUAACACAAAAAGUUGCAAAUGUUGAUCUUGCUGCUCGUCAAGAAGUAUCUGGUUUAUUACAAAAUUUAUUAUUACGUUUAACGGCUCUUGAAAGAUAUGAAGAAGCUCUUGCACGUUUAGUUACUGAAGCAGCAACUGAACAACUCACACAGGUUGAUGUUACUGAACUGUGUCCAUCAGCAACAGUACUAGCACAACAAUUGACUCACGUAGAAUUAGAAAGACUGUCAUACAUUGGUCCAGAAGAAUUUGUUCAAGCAUUUGCCAAGGAAUCACCACAUCUAGAAACUUCAUUUAAAGAUAUGAAAAAAACAAGAAAUCUUGAGUCUUAUGUACAGUGGUUCAACAGACUAAGCUAUUUUGUUGCAACUGAAGUUUGCAAGCAUGCUAAAAAGAAACAACGUGUUCGUGUUGUUGAAUACUGGAUUGAAACAGCAAGAGAAUGUUUCAACAUUGGAAAUUUUAAUUCUUUAAUGGCAAUUAUAGCUGGAUUAAAUAUGUCACCAAUAUCACGUCUAAAAAAAACCUGGUCAAAAGUUCAAUCAGCAAAGUUUUCAAUAUUGGAACAUCAAAUGGAUCCAAGCAGUAAUUUUAGUAGUUAUCGUAGUACAUUAAAAGCAGCAAUGUGGCGUAGUGCUGGUGCAACUGAUGAGAGACAAAGAAUUGUUGUGCCAUUUUUUAGUCUUCUUGUUAAAGAUUUAUAUUUUUUAAAUGAAGGCUGCAGUAAUAAACUACCAAAUGGUCACAUCAACUUUGAAAAGUUUUGGCAACUUGCCAAACAGGUGACUGAAUUCAUUGCAUGGAAGCAGGUGGCUUGUCCUUUUGAAAAAAAUACAAGAGUCAUUGCAUUUCUUCAGGCCAGUCCUGUGCUGACAGAGAAUGGUCUUGCUUUGGCAUCAUUUGAAUGUGAACCACCAGAUAACAAUCCAGAAAAAGAACGUUACAAGUCUUUAAAGUCAGAAUUAAAUGCUCAGUGAAAAAGAGCUAAAAUGGAAAUUCCAGAAAGAAAAAGAUAUUAGUUCCAAGGCAAACAAGUGGUUUAUCUUCUCGAAAAAAAAGAACUUAUAAAUUAUAAGAAACAGAAAAAAAGGCCAGUAAUUGUAAUUAUUAUCAGAUCGAAAUAGAAUUGAACAUUACUACUCAAGGUAUAUUAAAAUCAAAACGGACACUGUGAGUCACUUGACAGUAUCAAUAUAUAGUAUUAAAAAUAAUUCUAAAACUUCGCGUUAAAUUCUGCACAAUAGAUUUAAAAAUAUAAACAUACAAUUUUUCGAGACGAACUGAAAAAAAUUAUCAUUUUUUUUUGUUUAAUUGAUUUUUAGAUCCUAUUAUGCAGAUAUAAUUUUGUAAAUAAAUAAUCAUGAUCAUCUAUUGUCUUAAAAAAAAAAAUUUCAAAUAAUUGAGUUGAAGCAUUUUCAUCUCACGGUUUUAAUCAUUAACGAGGAUUGUUUUUUUAAAUAAUAGGGACCAAGAGAUUUUCCUCCUGGGUAUAAAAUUAACAUCAAUCUUGCGAUAAUUAUCGAAAAGCAAAUAUUAAAUGCUUUUAUAGAAUGCCAAAGAAAUUAAAAAAAAAAAAUCACUAAACUAUCUUGCACCACUUCACACACAAAAAAGAAAGAAAAAAAAAAUUGUUUUUCUUAUUAAAUAAAAUAAUCAUUGACAUAAGAAAGUAAUUCGUGUUUCGAUGUAAAAAAAUUAAAAAAUAAUCAACAUAUAUUUAUUUUUUAAUUAUCAUUGGCAUUCAUUUAGGUUAUUUUUAAUUUAAAAAAAAACUUGAAUAUUAUUUUUAUAUAUUAUUUGAAUUUUACGAAUCGUACAAAUCAUUGCAAAUUAUAAAACUAAAAUUAAAUUGUGUGAUUUAAUUCUGCUGCAUAUAAUUGGGUAUCCGAUUAAUAAAUGGAGAUAAUUUAUUGCGUUAAUUACUCCAAUGCACACUAUUAUAUUUAUUAAUCACCAAUGCAGAUUAUUUUCUAAAAGAUUUUUCUGUUUUUUAAUUUUUUUGAUUGAACUUUUUAUCUUUUUUUUUUUAUUCUAACGUACUGUACUAUUUUAUUUAAUUCGGUGAAAUAUUUUAAUACAUAAAUAGUUAAUCGUUUUAUAUUAUAAUUUAAAUCUAAAAAACCAUGAAUUUAUUAGACACGUCAAUUUUAUUGAACGUGUAUAUAUAAAAUAAACAAUUAAAAAGAAAAAAAAAAUUAAUAAAUAGACGAGAUGUUCUACUUGAAACUGUCAAGAGAUCUAAUAGUUUAUAACAUGUAAAUAAUAAAAUCCUGUAUAUACGCGCACGAAUAUGAAUAAAAGUAUUUAAUUAUCGGAUAAAUAAUAAAAU